UCUGUGAAGGCAUUUAUUUAACAGUUCAGUUUGUACCUUGGCUACUGUGAGAGACAUAACAACCUGUCUUCGUUAGGAUUAUUAAACAGCAGAAGAGUGAUAUGAAAGAAUACAGGAAUUUUCUUUUGUUUUUCGUGGUAUCCUUGCGCGUGAUGUGUCCAUGCGAAGGAAUAUCAUGGCUCGGUUUAACGGUAAAAGGGAGCUCGGUCGGAUGGAAUCAAACGCAUCACUGUAAACUCUUGGACGGUCUCGUGCCAGAUCAACAGCAGCUCUGCAAACGGAACCUCGAGCUCAUGCACAGCAUCGUGCACGCGGCCAAACUCACUAAGAGCGCGUGCCAGGGUACCUUCAGCGACAUGCGUUGGAAUUGCUCCUCCAUCGAGAGCGCUCCCCACUUUACUCCUGACCUGGCAAAAGGGACGCGUGAGGCAGCAUUUGUGUUCUCUCUGGCCGCCGCAGUGGUCAGUCAUGCCAUAGCACGUGCCUGUGCAUCUGGAGAACUCCCCAGCUGUUCCUGUGCGCCAGCGCCAUCAGAGCAGGCGGCUCCAGACUUCCGUUGGGGUGGCUGUGGAGAUAAUGUCCGUUAUGGCCUUCAGAUGGGCUCCGCUUUCUCAGACGCGCCCGUGAGGAACCGCCGUUCCGGACCACAGGCCUUUAGACUCAUGCAGCUUCACAACAAUGCAGUGGGAAGACAGGCACUUAUGGAUGCUCUAGAGAUGAAAUGCAAAUGUCAUGGUGUUUCUGGGUCCUGCUCGGUGAAGACCUGCUGGAAGGGCCUUCAGGACAUCAACACUAUCUCCGCAGACCUCAAAUCUAAAUACCUAUCGGCCACAAAGGUCAUUCCGCGUCAGAUAGGUACCCGCCGACAGCUGGUCCCCCGGGAGAUGGAGGUGAGACCGAUCGGAGAAAAUGAACUUGUCUACCUUGUCAGCUCGCCUGAUUACUGCUCCCAAAAUGCAAAGCAGGGGUCAUUUGGAACCACAGACAGGCAGUGUAAUAAGACAGCGACAGGCAGUGUGAGCUGUGGGCUCAUGUGUUGUGGGCGGGGCUAUAAUGCCUAUACAGAGGUGCUGGUGGAACGCUGCCAGUGUAAAUAUCACUGGUGCUGUUACGUCUCCUGCAAAACCUGCCACCGUAUGGUUGAGAGAUAUGUCUGCAAGUGACAAACCACUAUAUGCAUUGUCUCCAUCAAUAAGCAAUGGAGAUCACAGAGAGGGAGAGAGAGAUGGUACAAUGCUGGUCUCACAAAUUUGUAUGAUCUUUUUUGAGCCAUGAGUGAGUGGAUGAUCCUCUCUUAGUGCUGUUAAGGAUGGCAUGAGAGUGAAGAAAGAAGCGCUAGAGUGAAGGAAGAAGGGAUGGUGAAGAAUUUCCCGUUGAAAGAGAGUUAAUGAAUGGCUGUAAAAUAAAGAACCCUGUGGUGAGGCCCCGAAGGCACCCCACAGAAAACCAGUGAUAAGUACUGGCUGAUCGUAGCAAAAACUCAUCAACUCCUGCACAGAGAGAGACUGGGGGAAGGGUAAAAGUGUUAGUUUCUUGCUGGUAAAGUCUUACUUUGCUGCAUUAAUAAUUUACACAGUUUAAAUAAUUUCUUACAUCUAAUGGUCAGAUAAAACCAUCAAAUUCUUGUCUGGAAAAUGUGACGGUUAUACUGCUACGAGGGAUGGAAAUGAAACUGUUUGGUUGACUUCAAAAGUUUUUUGCACUCAGUAUUGAUAAUGAAGGAUUGAUGAUACUAUGCUUAUAGUAAUGUGUCCAAACUUUUUUGCGAAGUUGAUCAGCUCAAUUUUUUGUAUUCAUGAAAAGAAAGAUUAAGACCUGCCUUUCACCCCUUGCAAAACUUGUAUGUUGUACAUUUGAUGUAAAAUAGAAUAGUUGUAUUUAUUUUAUUAAAAAUAUUUA